GCGUCCAAGAUGUCCUUGAAAGUGCAGACGAGCAACAUCACCAACAAGAACGACCCCAAGUCCAUCAACUCGCGGGUGUUCAUCGGCAACCUCAACACGGCGGUGGUGAAGAAGUCGGAUGUGGAGACCAUCUUCUCCAAGUACGGGCGCGUGGUCGGCUGCUCCGUGCACAAGGGCUACGCCUUCGUGCAGUAUUCCAACGAGAGGCACGCGCGCGCCGCCGUGCUGGGCGAGAACGGCCGCGUGCUGGCCGGACAGACGCUGGACAUCAACAUGGCCGGGGAGCCCAAACCCAACAGACCCAAAGGGCUGAAGAGAGCAGCCUCUGCCUUGUACAGUGGCUACGACUUUGACUAUGACUAUUACAGAGACGACUUCUAUGACAGGAUCUUCGACUACCGGGGCCGGGUGUCGCCGGUGCCGCGGGUGGUGCCGGUGAAGCGGCCGCGGGUCACCAUCCCCCUGGUGCGGCGCGUCAAGGCCUCGCUGCCCGUCAAGCUGUUCGCCAGGUCGGCCUCCAUUGCCAACAGCUCGGCCAGGAUCAAGUUGAAGAGCAGCGAGCUGCAGACAAUCAAAACUGAGCUGACACAGAUCAAAUCCAACAUUGAUGCUCUCCUGGGCCGGCUGGAGCAGAUUGCUGAGGAACAGAAGCUGUCUGCAGAGGCCCGGAAGAAGGAGAGCAGCAAGAGCGAGGUGUCCCAGGAGGACACGGCCUCCGAGGCCGAGGCCGCGGCAGAGGAGCCGCUCAAUGGGGACGAGGGCGAGGAGGAGGGGAUGGCACGGGAGGAGUGUGAAGAAGAACUGGAGAACAGCCAUUACACAGACGCGGAGGAUGCCAGGCUACAGUAA